AUGCGCAGGGAGGCAUUGGCAGCUAAGGAUGCCGCGGAGGCAGUCCCCGAGCUCGGCAUGGUGGACGACGUGACGCGGAUGCGCCUGAAGACGCGCUACUUCGACAGGUCCCCUUGUCACUUCUUUGGCAGCGGAGAGAAGAUGCAGCUGCCUGACUUCAUCAAGGCUCACCAGAAGCUGGAUAAGCGUGAAAUGAAAGCGGAAGGCGUGGACGCGGAUGGCAACGCCGUCUCCUUCGAAUUCACCCUGCACGAACGCCCCCUGCCAGGCCAUGAGACUGAGGGUGAUGUAACCGCGUGCUUUGAGCUUUCGCUCAAGUUCAUCCGCAAAGUGGACGAGGAGCUGGAGUGGCGCAUGCGCGACCUCAACCUCCUGGAAGGCGCCAAGCUGUUUCGGACGGCGUCGUAUGUGUCCGAUGACACUAAGCGGCUGGAGUCCUUCAGGAAGUGGCUUGGCCAGCUCCACAAGCUGUACAACCACAAGCUGCCUGGUAAGCGUGAUUGUCUGAUGUGUCGGGUAUUUGAGAUUGACAUGCCGGCAACAACUUAG